GUGACAAGUUCGAUGUCGUGGUUAUCUCUUACGACUGGCAUCCCCACGACCACUGCUCCUUCGUGGAAUCCGCUAGCGAGGGCAAAGUGGCGAUCAAGGAGGAGGUGAAGAAGUUCGACCCCUUCACUUUCGUCACGCUCAAGGAAGACAAAGACAGGCCAGAGCACCAGCAGAUCCUUUACCCGCGGCAUGCAGUUCAGAACUCUGAAGGUGGGAAGUGUCACAAAGAUCUGGUCAUUAAGGACACAGACCUCUCCGUGUACAAGGGCGUGAAGCCCAAUAUCGACUCUUACUCCGCUUUCUUUGAUAACAUGAAGGCCAAUGACACGGGACUCACUGCAAUGCUCGAGAAAGAGAAUGUCACCGAUGUUUACUGCUGCGGUUUGGUCACGGACAUCUGUGUGAAGUCCACCGCGCUUCAUGGUGCUGAGGUUGGAUUCAAUGCAUUUGUCAUUCACGAUGCCAGCCGCCCGCUCAGCAACGACAACAUCGAGCCGACCAAGAAGGUCUUGACGGAAGCCGGUGUCGGCUGGGUCACCGUUGACGAGGCCGUGAAGAAGGUCACGGCGAAGAAGGAUCUGUCCCUGAAGGAGUACAUGGGUCAAAUCAA